CUGCCCACGCAGUAACGAGAGAGUCAGACAUGUGAUGCCAUCUAUGUGCCUAAAACUAGUUUGAUUAAUCAUGUCUUGGUGGAUUUCGGUGAAGAAUGUCCUCUCCAGGAGUGCAGCCAUUACUCAGUACAAUGUCUCGAUGUUUGUGACUGUGGUGGCGUUAUCCCUCAGUCUCAUUCUGAUUCAUGAAGUCAGUGUUUUAAGAAAUGAUCUGGAGAAACUCAAAGGGGAAAUUUUGUUUCACUUGAGCCAGUCUGCUUCAGUAGAUCUCCACAGUGGACAGGGUAUUCCUGAGACAUGGGAGAAAUUAAGGUCAAGUUCCUCUGCUUUACGUCAUACAAAAACCGAGAGAGGUCGGCAAGAUCCACUUAAGACUUCCUUCUUGAGAAUGAAGCGAGAGCAGGGUGGCCAUGUGGCACAGCGGUCAUUUCUGCAGCUUAUUGCCACAAUCAAUGAAAACCUAGUCCUCAGAGAUAAUGUGACAGUGAUUCCUUGGACUGUUUCUAUUCAGAAUGGGGAAGCGGUAUCAUCGAAAGACAAUAAAAUAAUUGUCCAGCAAGAUGGCUAUUAUAUGGUGUUCAGUCAGGUCCUGUUCCACAACCCUGAGGUAGUCAUGGGCCAUUUGAUCCGCCGACGCAAGUCCAACGUGUCUGGAACGGAGCAGAGAUUUACGGACCUGUUGCGCUGCCUUCAGGAGAUGCCCAAAAACAACUGCGCCAACUCCUGCUACACUGCAGGCAUUGUGAAGCUGGAGCGAGAGGAUGAGCUAGAACUGGUGAUUCUGGAUCGACCUCAGGCUCAGGUUGCCAUGGAAGCAGACUCGACCUUUUUUGGAAUGAUACAUCUCCCCUGAGAACACCUGCACAGAGCCACGCCCCUCCCCGCCUCGCCGUGGGUCUGAGAGCAUCACACCUGCGUAGUAGCAUGCCCAUCCCCAGAGCAUCACACCUUCACAGCGCCAUUUCCCAGGGCACCAUAACUACAGUCUCUUUCCCCUCUGGCCCUUUUGAUAGCCUAUUUCCUCCAGAUAGCAUUUUCCUCCCAACUCCAUGGCAGGAGCCUACUAGCUAGCAUCAGUGAGAAAUGUGCCUCUCCUCUGGAUGGUGCUAGGUCCCUCUAGUAGCACCGCGAGGACUGUGGAGUUCUGUGGAAUUAUCACUGGUGCAAGAGGAGCGCUUGAACUGCAACCCCCUUGGAGAACAGGUCACACAGUAGGAGCCACAGAUGGUAAUUCUGAAUUGUGGAGAGAGAGAGAAAAAAAAGUUUAUUCCCUGUUUUAAUAAUGGUCUGUAAAAAUAGACUCAGUGCAUCUGUGUAGAGUAUUACACUAUUUACAUGCUUAGCUGACACAUGUAUCCAUGGUAACAUCACUUUGUGCGCAGCUGGAUAUUUUGCUUGUAAAGUCUAAAGAUGCCUGUAAAAUCUGAAAGCGUUCCAGCAGAAUAAUGUUCCACACGUAAUGUUACUAACCAAAAUGUAGUUACGUGAAGGAAUGCUAUUUCUGAAUACUGGUGAAAAUUGAUGUUUCUUUCAUAAAUGUCUGCAAUCUGCAGUAAUUUUACUGAUUUCUAUUACAACCCAAAAUAUAUAUUUUGUUCUGCUGAAAAUCUCCAUCUGAUCUAAGAUUUUGGUUAUAAGACCUGUUGCUUGUCACCAGCACAGUAGAAAUGAGCGAUUAUAUACUUUCCUCUGUCAAGUAAGGACCUGCGUGUGUCUGUUGGUGGCGUCAUUCCGGGGGCAAUGGAAACUGCACGGCAGGAGGAAGGUUUUACAGGGUGAAGGAUAGGCGACUUUUCCAAAUGCAGACGGUGCCAUGUGUGUGCACGCAUUUAUAAACAAUGCUUUCCACUAUCUCCUCGUAUCGCAGUAACAUGAUGAAAAUUGUGUUUGA